GAUGAACGAACUGAUAUAUUAAAGGUCAUUUCACUGCGAGUUCCAUUUGGUCAAGAUGUCGAUUUGGAUAACUUGGCUGAAGAAAGCGAAGGAUUUAGUGGUGCAGAUUUGGAUGUUUUAAUUAGGGAAUCAUCUUUCAAUUCACUCCGAGAAAAUAUAACUAGUACUCAGGUCUUAAUGAGACAUAUUCAACCCGUACUGAAAAAAAUGAGGAAAGCGAACAUUCGCCAACCACAAAAUAAUAUAAAUAACACGGAACUUGUUUUUAAUAGCGGAAUAUAA